AUGAAUCAAAUCGUUUCUGGGAUUCAAUUUAAUGUAGGGCCUAGAUAUGAUGUUAAAAAAUUACUAGGAGCUGGUGCUUAUGGACAUGUUGCAUUGGCUAUAGAUAAGAAAUAGACAGACCCUGAUUAUUAAAAAGUGGCUAUUAAGAAACUACACCUGGUGAGAGAUGAAAUAGAUGCUAAAAGAGUUUUAAGAGAAAUAAGAAUAUUACGAACAAUGAAGCAUNAUAAGAAUCAGAUAAUGAAUCAAGGAUGGGAAGUAAAUGAGGACCACUACUUGGAACAUUUGAUAUAAAAUCCUUUACAUUUUUAACGAAAAGUAUCACAAUAAUUAGAAAAACCUGCUAUUGUUGCAACUUAAGAAUCCCCUAAAACAAGGAUGAGAUUCAGAACAGCAUCUAUACCAAAAUUAGAAAAUAGUGGUAAACAAAAUUCUCCAAUAAAAAAAACAGUCAUAGAACCCUAAUAAAAAGGGGAAUAACAAAUAAAAUAUCAAGCAUCUCCAAAAAUUUUAAAAACUCCUAUAAGAUAAUAGAAAUUAUAAUUAUUUCCAUAGCGAAUAUCUUUAAGAUCCACUCUUUAUCAAAAAACUCCAAUGGAGGAAAGCAGCCCAAUAAAGUUGGGGAGAACUCUUUAACCAAAGCAAUUCAAUCCAAUUUUGUAGAAUGUCAAUGAAACACAUUAUAAUGGUUUAAAAGGAUAGACAAGGUCAGUUAAGAGUGCAUCAAUGAGCAACUUAUUGAACAAUGAGGAGCGUUUAUAAUACAAAAAGAGAAUUGAAGAUUUUGUUUUCAAAUUGAGACCAUAAAGAAAUGCUAGUAUUUUAUAUGUUAAUUCAUAAAAUUCUGUAUAAAGUAUUUCAGAUGAUACUCUACUAAGAAAAAUCUUAAAAUGA